UUGCAUUAUUCCUCACUUCUCAUGUCUUCUCUGUCUCUCCCAAAAAAAGUAGAGAACCUCACAUCCUUACAUUUGGCAUAAGCAGAGCCUAACGUUCAACUCUAAAGCUUUUCUUUAUAUAUAACCCAUCCUUAUAUUUCCACCUUGCUUUUCUUGGCUUCUGCUUUCGAAGUACUCUCUUAAUUUGCUCAUAUAAUCCUACUCUGUUUCUGAUAACAUGAAAACUUUUAAGCUACUCAAAUGCUGGCCCAAUGCCGACCCCAAUACGGUCACCGUUGCUGAUACUGUCCCUUAUUCUGAUUCUAUUAAGAAUCUCAUCUAUGGAAUUGAUUGCGCAACCCACACUAAUGAAGAAACCCAUUACGAUGAAGACUCCUUCUUCGAUCUGGUGCUCACAGGACCUGAUGGAAACCCUAAAGAGGACUAUAACUCCAAAUAUGUGAAGCAAGGGAAGAGCGAAUGUGAUUUUACAAUCUACUCACACUCGAAGCCUCAUUCUCCGGUCACCGUGCUCGGAUCGGGCACCAAGCUUCGGGUCUUCUUUUUGGGAUUUAGGAAGUCGAAUCAGGAGAAAUCGGGCAUUGAUGAUUCAUUUACGGUAAAUCCAAAGCAUCAAAACAAGAGACAUUUGCCCAGAGGCAACAGUUUAAGAAGCAAACUGGAGAAAGAGAGAGACAAGGAAUUUUCAGUUGACAACUCGACGUCUAAGCAAUUUGCAAGAGCUGCUGAAGUACCCAAGUUCUUGAAAUUGGUGAUGCCUUUGUACGCCAGAAAUUCCAAAAUGUGCACUGAUAAAAUUAAAAUCUCGGAUCAGGUGUCGACACCAUUGCCUUCUCCGUUUGUGCAAUCAUUUAGCUCAUCCAAAAAGCAGUUGGAAGAGAAGCAGGGGAACAGAGUUGCUGGAUUUGGAGCUGUGUGUAAGCACGUAAUGAAGAGCCGAUCCACGGCUUCUUCAUCCUCUGCUGGAGCUUCAUCGUUGCCGACGAAUCGAAGGGAUGAUUCACUAUUGGAGCAAAAUGACGGAAUCCAAGGUGCUAUUCUUCACUGCAAGAGAUCCUAUAGCACUGCAUCAAAAGAUUUUUCGAGGUUAUUACCAAGAUCUACAUCUGAAGAUGUACCAAGAGGCACUUAUUAUGAAGAACAGAGCAGAUGGAGCAUUUGAAUAAUCAACACUUAGAAAUAUUUUGAAUCAAACAGAGAACUGGUAGAAGCAUAGGCUUGUCCUGUUUCCAUUGCUUCUAUGAAUUGGAGAACCUACUUUUGUUUGUACACUGUAAAAAGUGAGAAUAGUAGUAGGAGUUUUAGUUAACAGGGAAAAUUGAGAGCAGAGUUUGAAUGCGUACAGUAACUAUAGAUCUUCAAAUUUGCCUGUUAAUUUUAUCAAGAGUGUUUCUUGCCUAGUGUAUAUAUUGAAUUUGGACAUUAUGGUUUGCUA